AAACCAACGGUGACACACAAACACACCUACAUUACUCCCAACAACUUUUCGCGUAUGUAUCCCCCUCUUCUCUUCUCUUCUCUUCUCUCAUGUUCUGUCUCGAGACGCAAAAUAACCAAAUCUAUUACCAAAUCACUUGACAAACUCUUGCUUACAUAAACCCUCAGAGAUUUCAAUCCCCCUUAUCAUAUACAAUUAUAUAUCAACAUGAAGCGAGGUUACCAAGAAUCUUCAUCUUCUAGCUCCUUUGGACCCCCUAAAUCCAGACCCAGAUUCAACCCACAAGAUGACAGCGAGUUUCAAGAAGAUGAGAGUACACGAAAAGAAGCCAGGAAAGUAGCUGAUCAUUAUAGUGCAAGAAAAAAUCACACUUUGGAAGAGCGAGAAGCAAGUCCUAUCAUCCAUCUAAAGAAACUUAACAACUGGAUAAAAAGUGUUCUGAUUCAGCUUUAUGCACGUCGAGGAGAUGCUGUUCUUGAUCUUGCUUGCGGAAAGGGGGGCGAUCUUAUUAAGUGGGACAAGGCAAAUGUGGGAUAUUAUGUGGGAAUUGAUAUAGCUGAUGGUUCGAUAGAAGAUUGCCGUACCCGGUAUAAUGGUGAUGCAGACCAGCAUCAGCGGCGUAAGAAGUUCACAUUUCCUGCUCGUCUUCUCUGUGGAGAUUGUUUCGAGGUUCGGCUAGAUGAAGCAUUAGCAGAUGAUGCGCCUUUUGAUAUAUGUAGUUGCCAAUUUGCCAUGCAUUAUUCGUGGUCUACUGAGGCACGGGCACGACGGGCCUUGGCAAAUGUUUCAGCCUUACUUAGGCCAGGAGGCAUUUUCAUUGGAACGAUGCCAGAUGCCAACGUUAUCGUCAAAAAACUCAGAGAAGCUGAAGGACUAACAUUUGGCAAUAGUGUGUACUGGAUACGUUUUGACGAAGAAUUUUCAGAAAAGAAAUUCAAAUCGACAAGCCCCUUCGGUGUGAAGUACAAAUUUCAUCUGGAGGAUGCUGUUGAUUGUCCAGAAUGGAUUGUUCCCUUUCAUGUUUUCAAGUCAUUAGCAGAGGAGUAUGAUCUGGAACUGGUGUUUGUAAAGAAUAAUCAUGUGUUUGUUGACGAGUACAUGAAAAAGCCAGAUUACAUUGAACUCAUGAGGCGGCUUGGAGCCCUGGGUGAUGGGAACAAGGACCAGAGUACGCUGUCACCAGAUGAAUGGGAGGUUGCUUACUUAUAUCUUGCCUAUGUCUUGAGAAAGCGAGGCCAACCAGAACAGACACGAACUAUCAGUAGAAAGGACAGAGGCAAAAUGCGCAUAAUGAAAGAAGACAUUACAUACCUGAGUAGUUGAGCUCUAUUCAGGAUUCAGUGAUUUGUUGUUUCUGUAUCAGCUUCUAGAAUCGGUGGAAUUUUUUAUGGUGCAAGAGUAAGAUGUACAAGAAUGCAGGGGAAAGCCCCGUGAAUUAUCAUAUAAUUUGCCGUUUAGUACAGCAAAUAAUCGCAGUACUACUGAAUAAUUAAAUUGUAUUAUUCAUUUUUAUUAUUAUAAAAUUUUGACCAUUACGUUGUCA